AUGCCUCGUCAAUCUCGUGGUCCAGCUCCUGCGCCUAAGCGACCAACUGUCGCUCCUCAGCGGCCAGCACCUCCAACACAGGCUCGACAGGCCUCCACCAGCGCAGCACCACCCGCCCAAGCUCCUCCAGCACAGCAGAGCAGCGGUGGCUCCGGACUGUUUGGCCAGAUGGCCAGCACUGCURCUGGUGUAGCAGUCGGAUCUUCCAUCGGCCACGCAGUUGGUGGCUGGUUUGGGGGCGGCAGCUCACAGCCCGCAGCACAGGAGGCUGCUCCAGUCGCUGCUCAGGACAAUGGUUUUGUACAGACCAGCGCGACCAACAACUCUGCAACUGGCGCUUGCGCGAACGACAUCAACAACUUCCGGUCAUGUAUGGAUCAGAACCAGGGCAACUUGACGAUCUGUGGAUGGUAUUUGGAUCAGUUGAAGGCAUGUCAGCAGGCGUCCAGCCAGUACUAG